GGAAAACUAAAUAUAGCUCUCUAGCCCAAGAGAGUGUUGUCUUUACAGUUUUACAUCUUCGCCAAACACCAACAUGACGGAGGAAUUGAAAUCAUAUUUAUUCAAGCUUAUGGCCACAGUUGAAGGCCUUUUUGCUAUUGCUAUCACAGACAGAGAUGGGGUAGUUAUUAUAAAAGCUAACCAGAUGGCACCAGACUCAGCAUUGCGGCCACCUUUUCUGUCUGUGUUUGGAGUUAAAACUGAGCAGGCUAGUAAAAUGGGCAUGGGCCCUAACAAGCGCAUCAUUAAUUUCUAUGACAAAUACCAGACAGUGCAGAUCAAUAACCACCCAUUGCUUCUUCACUUCAUAGCAGAUAAAAAUGCUAAUACAGGACUUAUCUUGGAAUUAGAAAAUGAACUUGAUGAUGUAUUAAAAGAUGUUAGCAAAGUUGUCGGCAUGAUGUAGAAGGCUGUACAGCUAUAAAAGCCAGUUAAAAUAUUAAGCACAUGGGUGCUUAUUACUUUUUAAGAUAUGGGAGCAUGGUUGUAUCAGAAUAAAUGAAAUACAGAGAUUAUUUAAUGUAUUGUACAUAGGUUGCAUUUAUGAUGAGCAUGCAACUUUAUUUUAAAUGUGUACAUAAUGAAAAAAAUUAUACCUUCCACCUGACUAUAUUAGAACAGUGGUAAAGGAUAUUUGAAUCAAUUUAUUUGAUGCACAAUAUUCAUUGUUUAUUCUUAACAUUUUGUGUAUUAUCUAGACAUUGAAACUUUUUUUUUUAAAGUCACCCAACACAUUUGUUUGUAUUUUUUUUUACACUUUAUUGACAUGGCUAAACUUAGAGUGCUAAUUAACAAAUAAACACUGAAAAAUAAUUUAAAUCACACAAGUACAUGAUCAAGUAGUACUUUUUUAAAAUAAACAAGUUUUAACAGAAUUAUUUUUAACAUUACGAGGUGAGUCAAAGCUGAGCCUUCUAUUGGUGGUGUUUGAAUUUACUAUUAAAAAAAAAGACAUCAGAUUUUUAUUAAGUACCAGUAAAUAUUUUGAACUUUUUUCUUUAUUUGCAUGGAUUUAUAAAUUGUAUAUGCAGACUUUAUAUUUAUGUGAUAUUAGCGGUAGUUGAAUAUUGCUCAUGUUCAAAGAUUGUGUUCAUGUUAAAAAUCUUGAUUAGCACAACAUAAGGUAUAUACCUGAAUGAGAGAAUAACCAAUCUUUGAUGAGUUAGGAACUUUCUAGCCAGCAAUGUCAACUCUAAUGGUGAUAUUUCUUGCUUGGUUACUUAACUUUUGUAA